CCAACUCGGAGCCGCGCUGACCUUGCGCCCGCACCUGACGGCCAAUCACAGGUCGUCCUGAGCGCGCGAGCGGCGGCGUGGGCGUCCGCUGUGCCUGGGGCCUGGAGAGGCGUCAUUGCCGCCGGCUUCGCCCCGGGAGCGCCUCCGGGCGGGUGCAGCUCCGGGACAGCCGCCGACCGGGCCUGGUGGCAGUUUAUAUAAAGGAAGCACUGGGACUUGUGGCCACACCCUUCAAGAAUAAAAAAAAUUAGAAAAUGGAACAACCAUAUGUGUUAUGUGACGAAGAACAAGAGCCAGAACCACAGAAGAACAUAAAAGAAACCAAGCAAGUAGAUGAUGAAGAUGCUGAGCUAAUCUUUGUUGGGGUGGAACAUGUAAAUGAAGAUGCUGAGCUCAUUUUUGUUGGGGUGACUUCAAAUUCAAAACCAGUUGUCUCAAACAUUUUGAACAGAGUCACCCCGGGUUCAUGUUCAAGGAGAAAAAAGUAUGGUCGCCUUAGAAAGGAUACUGCUCACAAAUUGCAGCCUACAAGUCACGUGAUGCCUGCAUCAGGAGCAGUGAGUGUUCUGCCAGCUUCUCAGUCUGAAUCAAGAUCAACAGAUAGUCCUAUUAUUAUUGAGCCUUUGUCUAAACCCAAUUAUAAAAAUAGUUCACCGCAAGUCGUGCCUAAUAGCUCUUCAGAAUUAUGUUCUCCCUUGAUUACAUGCACAAGCUCAUUGCAUCAUCCAGUAAGAGAAGCACUUUCGAUAGAAGGUAUGAAUGAAAGUCCAUGUGUAUCAAAGCGACUUUCCACUUCUGAAGUAAAUGGCAUAAGUCCCAAAAGGGCUAAACUCAGGGAUGGAAUCACAGAGGGAGAUUCUUCAGCUGUGUCCCCUUCAGGUAUCUUUCAUACAGUGAAUACUCAGCAAAGUACACCCUUAGACGAUGUUCAUACCUCAUUAAGCCAUGUUCAGAAUGGAGUCCCUUUUCCAACAGCUUUUCCAAAGGACAGUAUGCAUUGCAAGCCUAUAAAUGCAAAUCUGGAUAGGGAAAAGGGAUUGGCACAAACAGACUUUUCAACUCUAGCAACUCAAAACCAGACCUUUGAUCCCAAGAAAGGAAAUCUGAUCAUGUUGCUUAGUGACUUUUACUAUGGACAGCAUAAAGGAGAUGGGAUGCCAGAGCAGAAGACCCACACAACCUUUAAAUGUCUCAGCUGCUUGAAAGUUUUAAAAAAUGUUAAGUUUAUGAAUCACGUGAAGCACCAUUUGGAACUUGAGAAGCAGAGGAGCGAUAGCUGGGAAAACCACACCACGUGCCAGCACUGCCACCGGCAGUUUCCCACUCCCUUCCAGCUGCAGCGUCAUAUUGAAAGUGUGCACACUACCCAAGAGCCUGCAGCUGUCUGUAAAAUCUGCGAGUUGUCAUUUGAAACAGAUCAGGUCCUCCUACAACACAUGAAGGACAAUCAUAAGCCUGGCGAAAUGCCCUACGUGUGCCAGAUUUGCAAUUACAGAUCGUCAGUCUUUGCUGAUGUGGAAACGCAUUUUAGAACGUGCCACGAAAACACCAAAACUUUGCUUUGCCCAUUUUGUCUCAAAAUUUUCAAAACUGCAACACCAUACAUGUGUCAUUAUAGGGGGCACUGGGAAAAGAGCAUACACCAGUGUUCUAAGUGCCGGCUACAGUUUUUAACUUUCAAGGAGAAAAUGGAGCACAAGACCCAGUGUCAUCAAAUGUUUAAGAAGCCUAAGCAACUAGAAGGUUUGCCUCCUGAAACAAAAGUUGUUAUUCAAGUGUACCUGGAACCUCUUCAGUCAGAAUCAGUGGAAAUAGCAUCCAUUACCGUGAGCACAUCUGACUCUGAACCAUCACCUCCCAGGUCUAAAAGUAGAAUUUCAAAAAAAAAAAACAUUAAUGCUACUUGCAGUAAAUCUAAAAUAUUUCAAACCAAAUAAAACUAUGCCAUAAAAACAAAAAAUACAAACCAUACAUUAAUUUUCAAUAGCAUCAAAAAUAAUGUAACUAAUGGAUUAUAUGUUUUUAAAAAAAUUAUGGCAUACAAUAUUUGAUCUGAAUUUUGAGGUGUUAUUUAAAAAUAUAUUAUCUGUUUUUCAGGUUAACUGUAUCUGGUUUAACACAUAAAAGGUGUGUGUGUGUGAAUGAGAGAGAGAAAAAACCUAUUUAUUAUUGUGGUAUUUCAUGUUACUCCUAAGCUUGAAAGCUCUUUCUUCUAUUAACAUAUAUAGAAUUCUUAAGAGUUUUUGAAAUAAUUUUAACUGUUUCCAUGUGUUAAAGAUUUCACUGUGUUAACUCUAGUCAGACUGGAAUGGAUUUCUUAUGGCCUGGCCCGUUUGCUGCUAAACUCCUAGAAGUGCCUCUGCUGUGCUGGCAUAAACUAAUCUGACUCUGAAAGUCUGCUGUGCAGUUGAGGGAGAAGCUGUGGAAUGAACAGAGACCGGGAAGGUGAGGUUAGAUAAGGGAGAGUCCGAUUUGAGGGAUAGGCACACAUUUACUCUGGUCUUGGAGCCAGUGCAGAAGGAAGACUGUGUCAGAGUGUCUUUACCUAAUCCUGAUCCAAGAACAUCUGGGGAAGCAAAACCAUUCAAAGUAAAAUGCCUGUAUUUGGUGAGGGGCCUCUGUAGAAAUCAAACAGCUGCUGUGUAUCCACUGGUUUCAGGUGAAGAAGCAGUGGUAAUUAGUAGAAUGAGGCCUGGUGCUAGCAGAAUUCCUGUUGUGUAAUCUAAAGGUGAAUUCGAUUUAUUCCUUCCCCUCUUCCUCUUAGCUAGUUGUUGGUGGAAAAUGAACUGACCAUAAAUCUCUCAGCCACAGCAGUAAAGCAAGUUAAGUUUCCCAAGGGAAAAGAGUCCUGGCAUCCGUAGUUUGAACUCUACUGGACCCAGCGUUUUAACUGAAAAGGGCCAAACAAAUGGUAUCUGUCCAGUUUGUGGACUGGGCUAAAUUUAGUUCUCCCAUUGUUAAGCUGGAAUGGGAUUUGUCAAAGAACAGUAGAUAUAGUGGACAAAAACAGCCCAGGGUGACUAACAUUAAACCCAUGAUAGCGCUUUAUAUUUUUCUGUGCGCGUGUCUCUUACCCUAAUUGAAUAUGUGAAGCUCGCGAUUUCUUGGAUGUGAAUGUAUUGCAGCUAAUAUUUUAUGUAUAAUUUCCCAAUUUAUCACACUAAUACUGUUUGGGUCUUACCAGUGUGCAAGGUAUGUCCCAUACUUCAGUAAGUAUUAAGUCUUAGGCUAGUCUAUACUACGGGGGAACCUUUUUACCAAAUGCCCUCCCCAAGGGCUCUUUCACAGAAUUGUUGAGUACAUUUUGAGUAUUGGUUCUUGAACGUCAGUGGCCUUGACUGCCUCUGGUUCCCAGGGUUAUCUCCCUGGACAUGUUCUAGUGCCAUCCUUGGUUCCUUCAACUCCAACCCAGGUGCCUGCUGCUCAGCAAUCUCUGUUCACCAGUUGAGGAAUCUAGCAUCUUGGCUAUAGACAGAGGUCUGGAGAAAUCUUUUUUUCCUUGCUUUCUGCGCCUUAAAGAUAACACCUCUCCCCCACUCCUUUCUUUCCUCCUCAAUAUAGUUAAAUUUGCUAAGCUUUCAAAAAAUCUGGGAAGAGAUAAUCAUCAAGGGCAUAGUAUCCUUCUUAGAACUAGGGGAGGAGGAACUACAGACAACAAAGAAGUUGUGGGUAUAGUGUCCACAUUUUAGAUACUUUCCUGACUGUAGAUUCAUAGAUUGUUAUAUUUAUUUGCCCAAUCCUUGCUUGCUUAAUUGAUCAGCACCUUGAACAUUUUACUAGGUAGGCCUUUGCAAUUCCUUUGUUUGGGUCAAGACAGUUUGCUACAAUUUCAGCCUAAAACUUUUUCUUUAGGUGUAGAAAGGGUGUUGUGUGUGUGUGUUUGUGUGUGUGUAUUCCUUCCACUUGUUCUGAUCUCAGGUGGAUACUCCUACUGUGUAUAAAUAGAUCUGCAGAUUUUUGGAUACUUACCUCCGUUAUUGUGUUUCUGUGGUAAAAAUAUGAAAUGCUUUAGGUCUAUGUUUUUGUGAUUGCUUGGUAUUAACACUAUUACUGUUGUUUGCUAUUUCAUUAAAGCAUGCUCCUAAGGAGUACAAAUUGUCAUUAAUUGCCAACUGUGGAUUCCAGUGAUCUGGCCCCUUCCUACCAACUCUCUUUUCUAUUUUCUGCCAUGCUUCACUGCCAUUUCCCUUCCCUGCCCCAUGGAUUAUUUUCACACACUGGCCUUGUUAUUCCUUAAGCAGAUCACGCUUCUUCCUGAUCCAAAGACUUUGCACAUGCUAUUCUCUUAGAAUGUCCUUCCCCUAGGCCUGCAUGGCUUGCUACCUCACUUAUUUGACACUUCCUUUGGUUCCUUGAACUUCACCAGGUUCUUAGAAUGACACAAUGAAAUCUCCUUCUUUUUUUGUAACCUUACUUGCUCCUCCCUAAAGGCACUUUACCUUUCCCCACUCUUCUUUUCUAGUCUAGUUAAAUUUCCUAGGUUUUUGUGGAAAAGCUGGGAAGAGAUCAUCAUCAAGGGCUUGUCUUAGAAUUGAGCUAGCUUAAGUCAAUUUCUGUGCCUGCAACCGAAAGAAAAUUAAUGUAGUGAGUUGAGUUCUUUCAGGAGCUUUCUCUGUUUUUCUAUUGAUACCUCUCUAUUUUUUUAAGACAAUGUCACUUUGUUUUGUUUACAAAUAUAUUGAAUAUGUCAAGAUUACUAUUUUGUGAUUACCCUUUGUGAAUUUCCUUGUCUAUUUUGCUUCUUUCAGAUAAAAUUUAUUAUUUUAUUAAUGUUGCCAAAAAUUAUAAGUAAGUAAAAUAGAAAUUAUUGUAAUAAAGUGUUUUGUGAAAAAA